UCCCACUGUGCAGUCGACCCAGCAACUCCAUCAAACAUAGAGCUGCCUGUUUCAGUCAUGAGUUCCAUUGGUUACGACCCUUACUUUCCUUCCUCUUCCCACAAGAGGAGGGUGACGCUGCGCAGUGGAGGGUAUGGAGGCAGUGCAGGAGGAAUGACAUCCAGGUCGGUGUAUUCCAGCCUCUCUGCCCCCCUCUCAUCCCAUGGGUCAUCCCGGCUGCAUUACCCAACAUACAGCCGUAGCUCCUCCAUGCUGCUGUCUACCCCCAGAUCUGCUGCCACUGCUGAACUGGACAUAAGCCAGGCGGUGCAGGUCAGCACUGAGUUCAAGGCCGUGCGGACGCAGGAGAAAGCCCAGCUGCAGGAGCUGAAUGACCGCUUUGCCAGUUUUAUCGAGCGCGUCCACGAGCUGGAACAGCAGAACAGGCUGCUGGAUGCUGACCUGCUGAUCCUCAGGCAGAAGCAUGGCGAGCCCUCCCACCUCAGGUCCCUGUAUGAGCACGAGAUCCGCCAGCUCCGUGCUGCUGUGGAGGAGGCCCGCGAUGAGAAACAGGCUGCCCAGAACCACAGGGACCAGAUGGAGGAGGUGCUGCAGAGUCUACAGGGCCGUUAUGAAGAGGAGGUAGUCAGCAGAGAAGAGGUAGAAGGCCGUCUGAUGGAUGCAAGGAAGAGGGCGGAUGAGGCUGCUUUGGGCCGUGUUGAGCUGGAGAAGAAGACAGAGACACUACUGGAUGAGUUGGCCUUCCUGAAACGUCUCCAUGAGGGGGAGAUAGCGGAGCUGCAGGCCCAGGUGCAGUACAAUGCCCAGGUGUCAGUGGAGAUGGAAGUGGCCAAGCCAGACCUGUCCGCAGCCCUCCGAGACAUCCGUGUCCAGUAUGAGAAACUGGCACACCGCAACCUCCAGUCAGCCGAGGAAUGGUUCCGCAGCAAGGUGAGUGUGAUGACAGAAGGCACCACCCGCAACACAGACAACGUUCGCAGUGCCAAAGACGAGGCCGGGGAGUACCGGCGCCUGAUCAAAACACGGAACCUGGAGAUUGAAGCAUGCCGUGGGAUGAACCAGUCCCUGGAGAAUCAGCUACAAGAGGUGGAGGAGAAACAGAGUGCUGAGAUCGCAGCCCUACAGGAAUCAAUUGGCCAGCUGGAGGACGAGUUGAGGACAACUAAGAAUGAAAUGGCCAGGUACCUGAAGGACUAUCAAGACCUCUUGAACGUUAAGAUGGCUCUGGACAUCGAGAUAGCAGCUUACAGGAAGUUGCUUGAAGGGGAGGAGAAUCGCUUCAGUGCUGGAGGACAUGGGGAAAUGUCCAGUGUCUACUCCCAAAGCCUGAGUGUUGCCCCAUCCUACAACCGCCCCAUGUUCUUCAUGCAGUCCAGCCUGAGCUCUGCUGCCCCCUACCUACGCAUGUACAGCUCAUCAUUCUCCUCUGCGGAUGAGAUUAUAGCUGCCAGUCAAGCACAGCCUGCUGAGUCAAGUCCUCAGGAAGAAGAGGGGGAAGAAGAGAAGAAGGGAGUCAAGGAAGCAGAGGAAGAGGAAGAAGAGCAAAAAGCAGGUGAUAAUGGAGAUAUGGAGAAAGAGGAAGCAGGGGAGCCUAAAGAAAAUGGAGAAGAUGAAAGCCAAGAAGGAGGAGAUGGAGUGGAGGAUGGAGCCACUGAAACAGAAGAAGGGGAUGAUAAGGGAGAAGAGGAAGAAAGCAAACAGGAAGUAGAAGUGGCAGAAGAAAAAGAGAAGCCAAAAGAACAAAAUAUUUAAAUCAAGAAUGAAUGACACAUUGAUUGUUCCCUAUCGAGGUGCUCUAUAAAUAGAUCAGUUCAGUACAAUCAAUCAGGAAACCACUGUAUAUACAGCAGAGGCCUUUAUGUUUGAGUUCAAAUAAACAGUAUGGCUGUACACUGAGUGAAGCAGAGCAUGAGAGUGUAUGCAUGUGUGUGCCUGCAAGGUGCUCUUCAGAACAAUAAAAAGCAAAUACCUGUAUAUGAAAUACAUCAAAAUAAAUUCAAUAUGAUUGCUUAAUUAUUGGGUGCGAGAAACAAGAGAGAGCAUGUGUGGAGUUUUGUGAGCAAAUACUGUAUUGUAUUAGUCUGUGAAAUAUUUGUUUGAAAAACCUAUGUGCUUUUCUGUCACCACAAUAUGCCUAUAAGAACACCAUUGUGUUCAAUACUUGAUUUGAAAUGCCUUAGACCAAAUCUUGUUCGUGGGAUCCAUGAUGUACAGUACUGAACACAAAUAAAGACAUGAAACAUGAA